AUGCACUUCACCGCUCCUUCCAUUGCCUUGCUGGCUCUCGCAGCCGGUGUCCAAGCCGGUGGUGCCAAGCAGCAGCGCGAACCCCCCGUCCGCCGCGGAAAGGGCUUCGACAAGCACCAAACCACCAGUGUUGCUACCGGCGCUGCUACUGGCAUUCACGGCCAUGAGACUGGUAUCGUUGGUACCGGUGUUCACACUGGAAGCCACCCCAUCGUCACGGGCAUCCCAUACUCCAGCGGUACCCACGGCGGUGGCAAGGACACCACUCUCUUUGGCACUGGUACCGCCCCCUGCUACAACUGCCAUGGUAGCGCGACUAUUCCAGUCUAUGUCCCUACCCAGACUCACGGUGGCUCCUCUGGUGCUUCCCCCUCCGGUGGCGCUGGCGGUGCUCACGCCUCCCCCAGCUCCACCGAGUACACCCCCUCCAACCCUGGCUCCAAGGUCACCGCACCCCAGGUUGGAGUCGUUGGCGCUGUUAUUGGCAGCAUUGUCUACGGCGCCGUUAUGCUCCUUGCAUAA